AUGUCUUUAGUUGCUUUAAAAAACGGAGUUUCAAAAGUUUUUAGUCAAAAUAAUAAAUCUGAUGAUGAAUUACAAAGAGUAAAUAGGUUGUUAGAUAAUAACCAGAAUCCUUACGGAUCAACAGACAAUAAUGGAAAUCAAGAUGAAAGAGCAUCAGCAAUAGCAAGAGAAGAAGCAGUCAUACAAGCAGCAGCUUCAAUAGCAUCAUCAUCAGAGAAUAAAGAAGAAGAAGAAAUCAAUACAAAUUUUUUAACCACAUUUUUUAAUAGAUUUGAUCCAAGAGUAAUGUCGGAUAUAAUUAUCGGAUUGAGUGAUGGGUUAACUGUUCCAUUUGCAUUAACUGCAGGUUUAUCAUCAUUAGGUGAUUCGAAAUUAGUUAUAACAGGUGGUAUGGCAGAAUUAGUCUCAGGAGCAAUUUCGAUGGGAUUAGGUGGUUAUUUAGCAGCAAAAUCAGAAUCAGAAUAUUAUCAUUCACAAGUUAAAAAGGAAAAACUAGAUUUUUUUAAAAAACCAGAUUCAAUAAAUCAAGAAGCUGCAGAAAUUAUGUUUGAAUUAGGUGCAAGUGAUACAACAAUUAUAAGUUUUUUAAAAGAUUUAGAUUCAAAACCUAGAAAUUUAAUUGAUUUUGUUAUAAGAUUUGGUAAAGGUUUAGAAGAACCUGCUGAAGGUAGAGAAUUUACUUCUGCUUUAACUAUUGGAUUAUCAUACUUUUUGGGUGGAUUUGUACCUUUAUUACCAUAUUUUUUCACACAUGUUGUUCAAACUGGUUUAAUAAUAUCAGUAAUAGUUAUGUUAAUUACAUUAUUUAUAUUUGGUUUCAUAAAAACUUCUAUAUCUUUAGGUGAUGAUUGUGGUAAUCAUAAAAAAGUUGCUGAGGGAAUUCAAAUGGUUGCAGUUGGAUCAGUGGCUGCUGGAGCUGCUUGGGGUCUUGUAUAUUUCAUAGAUAAUUAA